CGUGUCUGUGACGCCGAGCCGUCAGAAUCAAAACAAACCUCCGUGUUGUUUGUUUGUCUCCGUCUGUUCUGCUCUGAAAAACUCUUUAAAACAUUUUUAAAACGUCUUAAACUCUCCUUGUUGUCUCCUGUCAGCGGCUUCAUGGUGUUUCUCUGAAGUGGCAGCUGGAGUUUACCGGUAACGGCUCGGUAACAGUCCGGUAGCUGCUCGGUUAGCGGUUAGCAGGUUAGCAGCCAUGGCUCAGCAGAGAGGAGUCAACAGUCUGCAGUUCAACCAGGACCAGAGUUGUUUCUGUUGUGCGAUGGAGACUGGAGUGAGGAUUUAUAACGUGGAGCCGCUGAUGGAGAAAGGUCACCUGGCCAUGAGCCAGGUGGGAAGUGUCGCUCUGUGCUCCAUGCUGCAUCGAUCCAACCUGCUGGCCGUCGUUGGAGGAGGAGUCAACCCCAAGUUCUCAGAAAUAUCAGUGCUGGUUUGGGACGACGCUCGAGAGUCUCGUGACCCCAAAGACAAACUGGUUCUGGAGUUCACCUUCACCAAACCCGUCCUGGCUGUUCGUAUGAGACACGACAAGAUCAUCAUCGUGCUGAAGAACAGGAUCUACGUGUACAGUCCCCGACAACCGGUUAAACUGUUCGAGUUCGACACCAGAGACAAUCCUAAAGGUCUGUGUGAUCUGUGUCCCAGUCUGGAGAAGCAGCUGCUGGUGUUUCCGGGUCAUAAAUGUGGAAGCCUCCAGCUGGUUGACCUGUCCAACACCAAACCCGGCACGUCGUCUGCUCCGUUCACCAUCAACGCCCACCAGAGCGAGAUCGCCUGCGUGGCCCUCAACCAGCCGGGCAGCGUGGCGGCGUCGGCGUCCCGCAAAGGGACCCUGAUCCGCCUGUUUGACACCACCACCAGAGACAAGCUGGUGGAGCUGAGGAGAGGAACCGACCCGGCAACGCUCUACUGCAUCAACUUCAGCCACGACUCGUCCUUCCUCUGCGCCUCCAGUGAAGGAACCGUCCACAUCUUCGCCCUCAAAGACACCAAACUGAACCGGCGCUCAGCGCUGGCCCGGGUGGGGAAGGUGGGUCCAGUGAUUGGUCAGUACGUGGACAGUCAGUGGUCUCUGGCUAGUUUCACCGUCCCAGCAGAAUGCGCCUGCAUCUGCGCCUUCGGAAAGAACACGUCCAAGAACGUCAACUCCGUCAUCGCAUCCUGUGUGGACGGAACCUUCCAUAAAUACGUGUUCACUCCUGAUGGAAACUGCAACCGAGAGGCCUUUGACGUUUACCUGGACAUUUGUGACGACGACGACUUCUGAACUCGAGGAAACACGAAGAAACGAACUGACCUGAUGCUGAAAUUCUGUUUGGAGACGGAAAAAUGGAAACACAGACUGUUUAUCUACAGUGAAUAGAAACAGUUUCUAACCAAACUGACUGGCUGAUGUUGUAUUUAUGGGACGUUACUAAUAAAACUGAAAAUAAAAUCA